AUGGCAUUCGACGCCUACCUUCAACGCGCAGACGACUACAUCACAAAACAAAUCCAAAAGUUCGAGCAACAAAAGCGCGGCAACAGAUCACCGCCUCGCGCAAAUGGGUAUCAUCAAAUGAGCCAAUCACGACAGCAUGGGCGUAUGUCAUCACAAGGAGGAUAUCCCGGAAGCCCGGUCCCUCAUGACCAACAUCACCCGCCCCCUGGAUCCGUGUUACCAGCCGGCUGGAUCCAAAACUAUGAUUCACAUAGCCAGCGAUGGUACUACGUCGACACAUCAACGGGACGAAGCCAAUGGCAGCCCCCUUCUUCCGAACCACACCGCGCAGCAACCUUCCAACCCGACACUCGUGUGUCCAGUCCCUACAACCACUCGAAUCUCCGCAUGAGGUCGAAUUCCCAGCCUCAGCGCCCGGAAAUGAAUGAAGGUGGUGGACAGUCUCUUGACCCGAGACAGAAUGGCAAUUCUGGUGCCAGUCCCAGUGUCAUGUCCAUGCAACUACCUCCAGGUGCGCAUUACGAUACGAAGACUGGUAAGGUCGUCCAUGGUAUGUUUCCUGAGGGACAGACGGUGCAGAGUUGGUCUCAGGAGAUACAGAGGAUAUGA